AAGACGUUCAAAGAUGAACCCAUUCCAAUCGAUGGUCGUAGCUUUAUGCUCUGACGUUAGUUUGACGGUUGACGCUCUAUCUGUCUCGUCUUCCGUAGCAACGGUUCGAAAAGCCGUCUUGGAUGCCAUUACAAAAACUCUCAAAGAUACUCCUAACUCUUCAGAAACCACUGAGCAACGAUAUGGAAGAUUUAUCGCCCUUGGUGACCUCUGCCAAAAGUUAUUGACGACAAAUCCCCAUGCAACAACGCAAAAACCACAAGAAGAGUCGUUGUUCCAUAUCGCCAAGCUCAUGUUGGAAAAGGGAUUUGUGUCUUCACUUUCUGCCGUCUUGGCAGAGGUCGAUCUCGCUCACCCCAUGGCGUCCCUGGUCACCACGAAAGUGUCCAUCAAAAUUGGACGCGUAACUGAAAAAGCUGACGGUCCUUCAACAGUACCAGAUCGGCCAGCGGACUUUUCUACGGAUAGUGAAGCGGAAAGCAUGGUCACAGAUACGGAAGAAGCACUCGACCCUUAUAGUACAUCGGCAUUGGGAAUGUACGGAGGGGAAGCGGAAGCCGCCUUUGCUGAGGUCGAAGAGCCUCUUGACGAUGAAGAGGAGGAUGAUAUCGAAAUGGACUAUGCCGAGGAUGAUUUCGUCUCUGAAGAUAGCGAGGAUGAGGAUGAUCCUGAAGAAAUGGACGCAACUACUGGCG